AUGGAUACAUUCACCUUCGACAUUCCAGCCAUUCUUGCUGGCGACACUGAACCGCAGACAAAUGUACUCGUGCAGGACAUAUAUGGCCCCAAUAUCGCUGAUCGCAAACCAGUUCAACUCUUACCAUACCACGUCCAGCAUUAUAACCACAACAUGCAGCGCUGGAUGGCAGUCGUUGCGGCAGCUCAUGAUGAAUUAAUGCGCGGCUUCCAGUACCAAAUCAACGCCGAAGCAAAAUUAAGAGAGGUUAUGCUGUCUGUGGAUGACUUCUGUUUCUAUAACGAUCGUUCAGUCGAUCUCGCUGGUGAAUGCUCGACGUUUUGGGACCCCGACCCGGAGUUCAAUCAGAUGGAAGAUGCUCGGACAGCGAUCACGGAUAAAACGCCCCCGGUGGAAUGGUCUGAUUCCGUGGGCCUCGAUCUAUCGCUUUUCCAGAAACACGCCUAUCAGAUGAGCAAGCAUUCCGAAGCACUGUCAAGUCUCUUUGCUUCUUUCAUUGCGGUGCCGAUUAGCCUCUCCCGAGACGACAUCAAUGAAAGCCGACGCACCCCUCUCUAUGCCAGGAGGGAUGGCACUGCCACUAAUGAGAUUGCACGUGCCAUGGAAGAUGUCAUGCCAAGUGAUGCAAAUAACGAGAGGGAAGCUCGGCAACUCAAGCUCGAACCCGCGAAGUGGUCUCACGUAUUAUUGGGGAGCGAUUUUGGCCCUCGGCUCUUUAAUCCUGGAACACCAGAUCGCAGGCUCUAUUCAGAAACGAGUUAUGACUUUGAUAUACAGGAUGACGACAUGAAAGGGCCUGGAUGUGCACCCUCUAGGUCUUUGUUCGAAAUUCUGAACAUAUCGGAAGGUGAAUUGUAUGAUUGCAGCGAAGACGAACUGGCGGACUGUUAUCAUGGCCAUCCAGAGAGGCCGCAGCCCAGAUACGGCAGCCAUUGA